AUGAGUGGUCAGAUGUGUAGAGGACCAUCGACUGAGAUCUGCAUAGUCACAUCUUGUAUGGCAAUCAAUCUAGCUGCCUCUCUUGGAGCAACAGUGAAAAUGAGUUCAGUGCACAGUUCUCCGUUUGUUGCUGCAAAGGCUAUAGAUGGCAAUCCAAAAGAUGUUACUGGACAGACCCUAUUUGGCACUGAUUGUGCCGCUACAAUGAAGUCUGACAAUCCUUGGCUUCGAGUUGACUUGCAAAAGGAAUAUCUUGUGUCACGUGUUAGAAUUAUCCCUAUAGGCGAUAGAGGUGAAAAUGUGUAUGUUCAUGUUGGUAACAGCUUAACAAACAAUGGGAAUGACAACCACGAGUGUGGAAAGGCUCCAUAUGACGGCUCUUCCUCUAAUGCAAUAUGGCGAGAUGUUGACUGCAGCCCACCAGUUUGGGGAAGAUACAUUAAUUUACAGAGAAUAGUGACGAAGAACAUUCUUCAAGUAUGUGAGGUGGCUUUCAACUAUGACAAUAACAUGAAUAUUGAAGGAACAAGUGUGAAUGCUGGUGUAUAUCAGAUGUAUGAGAAUGGUGUGCAGCGGCUCUACAUCAAGUCAGCUAAUGCCUCUGACAGAGGAGUGUAUACAUGUCAAUAUACCACAACUGAUGGUUCUAUAGUGUCAAAGUCGUUUACAUUGAAUGUUAUUGUGGUGGAUUGCAGUUGGGGUAGUUGGAGUUCAUGUAGUGUUGAAUGUGGAAAUGGCAGCAGAACUCGGCGGAUUAGUCAAGCAGCUACAAUGAGUGGUCAGAUGUGUACAGGACCAUCAACUGAGAUCUGCAUAAUCACAUCUUGUAUGGCAACCAAUCUAGCUGUCAGUUUAGGAGCAACAGUGACUAUGAGUUCAGUCUUCGGCAAAACUGCUUCAUCACCUGGCUUAUUUGCUGAAUUAGCAAUAGAUGGCAAAUCAAACCAUGAUUUUGCAUUAUGUGCUGCUACAAAUAAAUCUUCUUAUCCUUGGCUUCGUGUUGACGUGAAGAAAGAAUAUUUUGUUUCAAGUGUUCAAGCUGUUCUGUAUUCUGGUAAACUUACAAGUGUCUAUGUUUAUGUUGGUAACAGUUUAACAAACAACGGGAAUGACAACCAUGAGUGUGGUAAGGCUCCAGAUGCGACCUCUCUGAUUUGGAGAAAUGUUUCUUGCAGUCCACCAGUUUGGGGAAGAUACAUUAAUUUACAGAGAAAGGUGGGAAGUCAUUUUUUUCAAGUAUGCGAGGUGGCUUUCAACUAUGAAUUGGAGAUUGCUAUUCUAGACAAUAUUAAGCAUAUUGAGGGAAAAAGUGUGGCAGUUGAUGAGAAUCAAGAUUACUCUAAUCCUAUUGAUUGUGGUGUCAGUCCUGAUGAGACCAACUUUAAUGCUCUCUUGCAAUGGAAACACAACAUGACUAUUGAUGUACCACCUCCAAGUGCACAGAGUGUAUAUCAGGUGUAUGAGAAUGGUGUACAGCGGCUCUACAUCAAGUCAGCUAUUGUCUCUUUUAAGGGCCUGUAUACAUGUCAAUAUACUGCAGCUAAUGGCUCUGUCGUGUCAAAGUCAUUUACACUGAACGUCAAUGUAAACUGUGAAUGGAGCUCAUGGUCAGAUUGUACAUCAGCAUGUAGUUUUGGUACUCGUACUCGUACACGAGCACGCCUUAAGCAACACAAUGGAAAGGACUGUGUGGGGUUGCCAACUGAGAAGUGUGACAGCAAAGAACCACCAUGUGUACCAACAGCUGGGCAGUCACCAGGAGUUUCUUUUGAUGAGUCGUCCGUGCAAGAGUUGAGUUGCACAGCUUCACAGUAUUCUGGUCUGAGUGGAGACAUUACAUUUGGAUGGUACAGGAAAGAGAAUGGAAUUGAUUCAGCUAUUGCAUUAGACUCUCGAGUAACAACUUCAACGAAUCAUGAUGGUUUGGGCAGAUUUACUGGGAAAUUGAUUUUUGCACCUGUGAAGCGUUCAGAUAUAGGAUUAAUCAAGUGCAGUGCUUUUAACAAGUAUGGUGCUAGUGAUAUAUUAUCAGCUACAUCAGUUGAUGUCAAAUAUGCUCCUGAAAUUGUUAAAAUUAGACCAUCCAAUCCAGUAGGAGUGAAAGGACAGAGUAUCACUUUAAACUGUUCUGCUGGUGGUAAUCCCUCUCCAGAUUAUGAAUGGAGAGGAGGCAAAAGUGCAAAAGGAUCUACUCUGGAACUAACAUCACUUGAAUUUAAGGAUGAAGGGACAUACAGAUGUGUUGCUAGUAACACUAUUGAAGCUGGUGCAAAGUCCAGUACUGCAUCAGUACAGUUGAUAAUUGAAGGUCCUCCACAGAGAUGUGUCGUGUUGUCAGUCAAAAGCUAUAAUGACUCUGAAGUGAAUGUCAAAGUCAACUGUCCUGAAAAUGGAAACUCAAGUGUAACUGAAUAUCGUAUAGAAUAUCAGUUGGAUGAUGGCACCAGCAACAUGCUGUGGGAAGAAAUAGAAUUCAGUGCUACUGAUUCUCAACCGUUUGUUGUUGUUGGUCUCAGUCCAUUUACAAAUUACAGCUUUAGAGCAACAGCAAGCAACAGGCAUGGCUAUGAACCUGGAAGUUUGGCAGCUGUUAAUGUGGUGCCUGUGACUACUGCGGAAGGCUAUCCCGGUUCUCCUAAUUUAGUGAGUUUGUCAGGAAAUGCUUCUGCUCACUGGUGUGUUGUGUCUUGGUCACCUCCCAGUCCACCUAAUGGUGUUCCUCGCUAUUACUUUGUUUACUACAAACCAAUUGGUGUUCGUCAAGUGAGAUAUGUGGAUGGGUACAAGAGACUGAAUGUAACAGCCACGUUGGCCAAUUUGACAAUGCUCACUCCAUUUACACAAUACAGUGUUGAGGUGGCAGCAGUGAACGUUCGGUCUCAUGAUGGUAAGGUGUUGGAAGGACAAAGAAGUACUGCCAUUGUUGCCAACACAUCAGAAGAUGGCAGAACUCCUGCAACUGCACCACUUUCCCUGAAAUAUUCUUUCAAUCCACCACAUACAGUCACUGUAAUGUGGAGUGAACCUGAAACACCAAAUGGAGUUAUUAGAUAUUACAUUGUUGAAUACAUGCUGUCAGAUGGGACUGGAAACAGAACACGUUUGAAUUUUGCGAAAGAGCGUAUUCAAGAGAUUGCUUUCACAGUUGGUGUUGGACCAGCAGCAUCCAUUACUGUUAUGGCGGCUGCUAUAACACCAACACCACCUCAGAAUUUGAGAAGUUCAAGUGUGACAUCAAGCUCAAUUACUCUACAAUGGGAAAGGCCUAUUAGCUUUAAUGGUGUUUUUCAGUACUACACUGUAAGCAAAGUUGUUUACAACAGUAUUGGUGAUGCUUUGUACAGCAAGAGUCCCAACAUUGAGAGUCCUGAAAACCUAUACACCUUGAAGAGCCUCAAACCGUAUACUGACUACAGACUACAUGUGACAGUAACGAAUAACGCAAAGUCCAAUCCAGAAAGUUUCCCUAGUAACAUGAUUAUAGUGCGCACACUGGCAGCUUCUCCUCAGACACCAGACAAACCUUUAGCUAGGGAUGUUACAUCAUCAACGUCAUCUGUAGUAUUUGUACCUCCUACUGUGAAUGAUGAAAAUGGUCCAAUAGAAUAUGUUGAUAUUAUUGUUUAUGAGGGUACCACUGGAUCUAAUGCUCCUUUGGUAUCUGAUGUACCACGUACUGUUGGACCGUAUGAGCAAGAGGGCACAGACAACGCAUGGUAUGUAACAGCUCGAUACAGUUACAUGAUGUACAAACAGAACAUACAAGGGAUGCAGUUUACCGUUGGAAAUGAUUCAGUGUCUGGUGAAAACAAUGAGUACAAAAAUGUUCCACUUAAGUCUGAUUCGACUUACUUUAUAUAUAUUCGUGUGGUUGCAAUGUUGGAUAAUGGAAGUGGGAUGAAAGAAACAGCAAUUGGUAAACCACUAAGAGUUUUGACAAAGGCAGAAGAUUUACCAUCAAAGGGAGGAUCAUCUGUGUUGAUCAUCGCAGUUGCUGUUACACUAAGUGUCAUCAUUCUUGUGCUAAUCAUCGCCCUUUUUGCUUUUCUGAAGAAUAAGUACAGAUGUGUUAGAAAAGAGAUGACAUUGGAGCCUGUGAAAUAUGAUAGCGUCAUUAUCAAUCCUAAAGUAACAUCUGGAACAAAUGAAUGUUUGGAUACAAGCACUGAGAUAAUGACAGUUAAUAGCUUAUACACUUCUACAGGUGCAGGCAGCAGUUAUGGAUCACAUGGAUAUGUAGAGGUUAAAGCUGUUGCAGUUGAUCAAGACAGGAAGAAUGAGGAACCAUUGUAUGAGAGUAUGGAUGGUGAAUCGGCACUUUGAUCUGAGUGUAAUAAAAGAGAACUUUUUGAUAACGAUCUGUGGCUUUUUGUCAUUUAAAAUGCCUUUAUUAGUGCUUCCGUGUGUUGUAUGUUGUAGCUAAAAGGUCAGCUAGAAGUAAGAAUAAUAAUUGACUUUGUAUUGUUUGGGAUUAUCUGCUUGUGAGAAGAUAAUUAAAGCUGAAUAGAGUCUAAACAAACAAGUU